AUGACGCAAACAAUGAGUGACCUGCACCGAAGCCCCACACCAGCUUUUUCAUCAAUGGGUGAUGUGAGGGAAAAUUCAACUGGAAUAACAUCAUUAGCUGAGGCAAUCAAAGUCAUAGAUGAGCUGCAGGCGGAAAAUUCAAGUUUGAAGAGGAUGGUUAGAGAAUUUGAAUGGAACCCUCGUCCAUCCGAGGAAGAAGCCAUCGAAACCAGUGCUGCUGAUAUUCAGUUAAACGAUAUCAGGCACUUUGGGAGAAUGUAUGCUUACACAGUCAACAUGUUUAUGACUCCAAAGGAGUGUGCCCCCAGUAAGGAGGCGGAAGAUUAUGAUCCCUCACUGCGAUUUGGGACACACAGGAAGGAGGGGAACUUCCGUGAACUGGCAGGCCUAAUCCCCAGAGAAUUCAAGGAAGACCUGGAGAAUUGGAACAAGUUUUUCGUGUCAUUGAAUAUCGGAGUUGACCAACCUAUCAUUAGUUCAUAUAUGGUGUUGGAGAAGUUCAGCAUUGGGGGCUAA